GCGUUUGUGUAGACAGUUUUCAAUGCAUUUUUUAUCAGAAGGAGUUCGGAUAUAGAGACAUGAACAUGGGACGGACGACAAUAAUGUUUGUUUUAUUUGCUGUAAAAGUUUUUUUAUCAGCAACAGCAAACCAUUAUCCAGACCCAUGUUCCCCUGUCUUCGACGCCAGCAGCAGUGUUCCUCGCUGCAGCCAGAUAUGCCGUAGUGAUGACAAGGGCCAACGGAAAUGCUCAUGCACUGCGGGGUACGCCCUGGCGGAUGAUGGCCUUUCUUGCAUAGUCCUAGGCCAUGAGCCAUUUCUACUGUAUUCGACUGGAUCGGCACUUCGUUCAUUCUACGUGGAUUCUCAUCUGGACAUGCCUUUAAUAAAAACUGGAGCCAACAUCAGUGCCUUUGCGUUUGGAGUGGAUAAGCAGGUAUUCUUGGCUGAUGCAUCAACCUUGACAGUGUAUAGCGUUGAAAUAGACGAUCCUGCCAAACGAAAGACUUUCAUCGAUACAGGCUUGUACUCAGUGAGCUCAAUGGCAGCAGACCUUCUCACCGGAAACAUGUACGUUUCGGACCCCAAACAAGGAAGAGUAUUCGUUUGUGCAACCAAGAGUAGUGUCCCAUGUUCAGUGGUCCUGGAUAACCUGAAAAAUCCACAUUCAGUGAUUGUCGAUACCAUUAACAGGAGCCUUCUCUGGUCCGAAGCGGGUAGUGGCAAUGUUCUGGGUUCGAUUUCUACGGCACGCAUGGACGGAAGCGAGCGACGUGUUCUGGUCGACCGACUUGUCCAACCAAGUGCGUUGGCCCUAGAUUCAUUGUUCCAAGAGAUUUAUUGGCUAGAGUUUCUCGACGUUGAUUGGAUAGAUGGAACCCCUGACGCUGAUCACGUGAUCAAAGCGAUGAAAUUGGACGGCAGUCGACAAAUCAGGACUGUAUUUUCAAUGAGCAAUUUCCAAAAUCCUACAUUUUCACUGCUUUCUGAUACCAUCUAUAUCUCCGAGGGAAGACGUGCGUUUCAGGUCAACAAAUGGAACAGACAAACCAUGCCCAUGUUUGAUGGAGUUCCUGGCGUGAUUUAUAGCUCUUCCAUUUACCAUCCUAUUCUAUGCAAAAUGACGGAAGACGAAACAACGUCCACUCCUUGCAAGUCCGACCCAUGCAGCCACAUCUGUGUACCCAUUUCUAACCGAGAACCAAAUGAUUUCCGAUGUUUAUGUCCGCCAGGAUUGAAGCUUGACAACGAAGGGGAGUGUAUCCCAGAUGACGACGCAGAGGUUCUUGUGGUCGCUUGUCAAAAGGGCCUAUACCAAGUCCCAGUGGACUAUGUCGGCCUCGCCAGCGAGAGAGCGGAGUGUAUUGUUUCUGGGGAUAUCGACGUUAUUGUUCACGAGCCGAACAGUAGACGUGUGGUCUUCCACGACGCUGACGAAAAUGAGAUAACAGUUGCUGACAUUGAUCAUUUAAGACACAAGAAAGUUCUGUUUUCUGCGGUGCAACAAGUUGAGGGUAUGGCAGUUGAUAUCUCCAGCCGGGUUCUGUUGUGGACAAACAAAAAUGGAGAGAUUACUGUUGGCAAACUGGAUGGCACAAUGUCCAGAAUCAUAGUUAAAGGGCUUGGAAGAAUAAGGGGAAUCACUCUUGACAGUACUUCAGGGCUGAUGUACAUUACUGAGUGGGGCAACAGUUCCAGAAUCAUUCAAUGCAACAUAGACGGCCAGUCUUGCAUCACCCUAGUUACCAUACCGGAUGGCCAUCCAAAUGACAUCGUCAUGGACACACGUGACAUGGGCAUCAUCCUUGACCCUUACGGUCGCAGCUACAAACUGAAGACCCUAUUCUGGAGCGAUUCCAAGCAAGAUGUGAUCACCGUAUGGCCGUUAGAUGUCUUCGCAAAACAGACUGGCUUUCCUCUCACGGGAUACAGGAACCCGCACCCGUACGCAAUGUCCCUGUCGGAUGAUAACCUGUACUUUACCGACCUUAACUCCGGUCUACUUCAUUUCGUGGAGAUGCCGGAUUCCCGGACACAUCUUUCCGGAACGGUUCAGAAUAUAUCGCUCGGUCUCGGUACUCUAUAUGGACUGGCUGUGGUCCGGAGGAACACGAAAGAUUCCGAACACACACGCUGUCUGGUAAACAACGGAGGCUGUUCACACGUCUGCCUGGCGUCCCCUGGAAACGGCAGAACCUGCCUGUGUCCCAGUGACCUUGAACUGUCACCAGAUGGGAAAACUUGUACAGUUGACGGUCGACUGCCACCAACAACACCCAGCGAAUCGACCACGCACCCUCUACUCAUCACGGCAAGUGGGCCCCACCAAGACAACGAAAUGGCGCCGUCACGUGACAACCACGAUAAACUCAUGCUCAGUCUUAUACUUACGUCGUGCAUAUCCGUCGCGAUCGUGGUCAUCCUUGGACUGGUCUUCUGUUUCAACAAAACAAAGAAACGUCAAAGACAGCUCAUGGAUCGUCUGUCACGUUUCAUACAUCGACGCUCUGAUGACGACCACGUGAAACUAUUUGACGAUGAACACUCCCAGAGCCCGAGUUUCAAGCAUUUCGAUGAUCUGGAUUAUCCAUGUGAAAGCCUAUUACGCCACAGGAAUGACGUCAUCAACUAUCACGAGAUGUCGCUCAUUUCGAUGGAUUCAGCCUUCAAUGAAAUGGGGGAAUGUGACCUAUACUCGUCAAUAGUUGAUCUAUCGCCAUAAAAGGCUUUUUAACCGAUGUAUGCCUAGUGGAUUCUCCCAUCCUUCUAAAUUGGAUCAAUUUAUUUCCAAAAUUAGGGAUGUCUAGUAUAUUUAUUUCUAUAUUUAGAAUAUUUCUUACAGAAAUUCCUUUAAGCAAACAGCGCAGACCCUGAUGAGGUCUGGGUCUACGCCUUUUGCCAAGGCCUUUUUUCUUGACGCUUAAGGCGUAAAUGGUUUAACCAUUGAUUAAAAAGGUAUGUUAAUGUUAGCUAUAAACAAUAUAUUAUAACACAUCCAAAAGAGCUUUAGAGACGAGUGUUUGAACAAAGAUCCUUCAAAUUCCUGUUUUGAAAUUCCAUUUAUUGGGAUUUAUUUUGCCCCCCAAACUAUAAAACUGUCCUCGCAAGAAACAAUGUCUACUUUAUUGGGUUCUUAAGGGAUCAUCAAAACAAAGAUUUUUUUUUUUUAAUAUAAUAAUUAUGAAUACAAUGAUUGAACAAAGAAAAAAACAGGAAAACAACACAGAUACAAUACCCUGUAAAAAUGUACUAGAAGUGCAUUUUAUGGUAUCGUAUUUAAACAUGCAUUAUGUAAAGACAGAAAUUUUGUGAAAAAAUAUGUGUCCAUGUAGUGCUUCAAAGCUCCAAACAAUACUAAACCAUUGCUGUCAAAUCUGUUGUUGUCUUGUUUUAUUUUGUACUUUUUGUCUCUUAUGUAUGUGCAUAAAAUAAACUUAAAUAACAAUAUUGUAUUUAUUUGAAUCGCUUUUCUUUGGUAAUGCUUAAUGUGCCUUUAUUUUUUCUAAGGUAGCUAUAUGCAGAUCUAACUUCAAGAUGACAUCAUUUAUGAAAAGUAUGUUUAUGAUGUUGAUGUUUUUUUAAAGAAAAAAUAAUUGUAUAAUAGUACUGGGUAUAUAAUAAUAAGUUCACAAAUACAAUUAACCCUUACAGUGCGGGAACCGAGUUGUGAAGGCCUUUGCAAACAGUUUGGAUCCAGAUGAGACGCCACAGAACGUGGCGUCUCAUCUGGAUCCAAACUGUUUGCUAUUCUGAUAGUAUUCUUUGAAAAAAAAUCGAAGAAAAUGCUAAUUUUAGAAAUUCAGCAGACGACAUUUUUGCAGACGACAAAUUUCCCAGCAUGCAAAGGGUUAACGUUGCUAACUUAUUGCAAUCUUCUAUUUAUCUACUAAUUACCUAUAUCAAAGUGACAUUUUAUUGAGUAAAGAAUUAUUUGUAUGCAUAAAUUUGCAGCAUUUAAAGCAGAUAAAUGGCCAAAUAAUUUAAGCAUGAUCUGAAUAUGAAUUGUUAUGUUCUUGCUUGUUAUGUUUGUAUUGCAAUUUUCCAUUACUGUUUGUGCGAUAAUAAAAGAAUUAACUACU